AUGAUCCUUGGUACUAGGUCAAUCGAUAGCGUAAAACUACAAUUAUCAAGGUUAAUUCAACUAACGCAAACAACAAAUCAAUUAACAAGAACGAUUCCGUAUGAAAAUGUUCUAAUGGUAGAUCAACAACUUCUCCAAUGUGCGGCAAACGUUUUAACAAAGAUCAUUGAAAAUCGAAAUCGAUUUUAUCAACAAAAGUCAGCAAAAGUAAGCAUUGAGAAAGUCGAUCAGAUCAUCGUAUUGGUGACUUCAUCGUCGAACAUUCCUUCGAAUAUUGAACAAAAAAUGAUUAUCGAUGCACAAAAAGCAUUCAUCUCGCUUGAAAAAAUCUCAUUUGAAUCACUAUUGAACAAACUAAUACAACAAGUUGGAGAUACUGAACUUCAUCUUUCAUCCAAUGUCACAUCUUCGAUUGACAAGAAUUCGAAUACGAACCUUUCUACGAUGAUAUCGUUGCCAAUUCUCGAUCGAAAUGGAAAUGAAAUGCCAUUUCGAACACCAAAACACAAUCCAGCUCGAUCAGGAAUUCCAUGA